UCCAGUGAGCUGCACUAGUCCUGAGAGCCACCAGCUCAGAGAAGUAGUCCAGCCACUGCAGAGUCCUGCAGCUGCAGCACACAUAACACUCAACCUGUUACAAAAGAUUUAUUCAGUCAGCAAGGUACCACUGAGCAACCGUGUUGAGAGAUCUCUGAGCUGUUACACCUGAGACUCACAGUCGACCACAGCAGUCAUGAUGUUUAGGAUGCAGCAGCACUCACACAGCCUUCUGGUCUUUCUCCUCAUGGUCUUCAUCGCUGGGAUAGUUCUCUGUGAUCCCUCCACUCCACGCAGAAGCAGAGUGAGACGUCAGAACAUGAAAGUCCGUAUCAGCGCCACUGGAGACACCAUCGUGAUGAAGUUUUUGCGUCCCAGCACUGACACAAAGCUUGAAGGCUACAUCCUGGGCUAUGGCAGCAGCAUGUUCUCCAAACAGUUCAUUCAGCUGCCUGAGAACGGAGAGCCUUAUGAGAAUGAGUUUGAUGCUGAGCCCAAGUACCUUAUUGCUGUCCAGCCCAUCCCAACCAACGAGGUGAAAAAGCAGUGCACAGGUAAAGUGGAACUGGAGAAGCCGCUACACUUGGUCAUUGGGUCAGUGACGCCCACUUCAGUUCUCCUGUCCUGGGGGACGCUGCUGAAAACCCCCUAUGAAGGCAAUGUCAUGAAUGACUGUUUGGAAGAUGGACACUACACAGUGCGUUAUCGGGAGAGGAACAGGAAGUGGAACUACCAGACUUGCCCAACGAGUGACACAGUCAUCGACAAUCUGAAGCCCAACACAGUCUAUGAGUUCGGUGUCCAGCCCAACACUAAGGACGGCACUGGAGUGUGGAGCAAGCCAGUCAUUCACAACAUCAGCAUGGGGAGUACAGAUGACAAGGCCAUCCGGAAAAUCGUCAAACGUCCCAUCAACCCUGUGAAACCCUUAACGCCAGGUCCACACUCCUUCCCCUUUGCUCCUCGCCAUGUUCUCCAUAACAGGACCCAGGGCAGAGUGCCCCUCACCCGGAACAUAGGCUCAAAGACAACUCUUGCUCCACCCGCAACCACUAGACAGGAUUCUCUGUCGACCCCUGGACCCACAGUGCCUUUGGUCACCAAACAGCAAAUCGGAGGAGGAGACCUCUCCAGAUCUUUCUUGCCUCCUCUCCUGGAGGUCCCCUUAGCUCCCAGGCUACGCCCUCCACUACACAUUUCAGCCACCAUGGCCUCUGUGCUAGACCCCCAGACAAAUGUGGAGAAAUAUGGAGGAUAUCCUCUGAGUCAACCACAACAAAAGCCCCAGUCCCAACCUCAUGCACAACCUCAGCCAUACCCCCAGCUACAGCCGCAGUAUCGACCUACACCACAACCAAAGCCCCAACCCCAACAAUCUCAACUAAAGCCCCAGACGAAUCCUCAACUCCAACCUCAGCCAAAACCCCAUUACACAACUCAACUACAACCUCAAUCAACAUCCCAGCCCAUACACCAUCCCCAAACUGAGCCCAACCCCCAACAGACAUCCCAGCCCACUGUCCAGACCCUAAGUCAAACACAACCCCAACCAACAUCUCAGCCCAUACCCCAAAGCCAACCUCAAUCACAACCCCAAGCAACAUCCCAGCCCAAACUUCAGACUCAGUCACAAUCUCAGCCAAAGCAACAUCCCCAAUUACAGCCUCAAACCACACCCCAGCUCCAGUCUGAACAACAACCUCAUUCAAGAACACAGCCCAAACACCACACACACCCACAAACACAACCUCAACUUAAGACCCAGACCAAGCCUCAUCUGCAAGUUCAACCCACUUCCAAGCCCACAUUAGUGGCAAAUCCUAAAACACCUCAACCAACACCACAGCACAUACUUCAAACACAACAGGCACAACCAAAGACUCACACCCAAUCCCAACGUCAACCACAAUCACAAUCUACAACUCAGCCACAAACUCAAACACAACCUCAACCAAUGGCCCACUUCCAGCCCACCUUCCAACCACAACCUCAACCAAAGACCAACCCUCAGCCUCAGCCUCAGCCACAACCAAAACCAAAACCUGAGCCAAAACACACCAAGCAGCAGUCUAAGGCCCAACCACCUAAAACACCUAAACCAAAGAGUGAUUUUUCCCAACCCAAGCCCAAGACACAACCUCUAGAAAAGAACCAACCCAAGUCCCAACCAGAUCCUCAGUCAAAAAAGAAGCUAAAGCCACAACCUGAACCAAAGACCCCAACCAAGGAUCGACCUCGGCCAAAGACCCGGCCAGGGCCUUCAACAAAGACCCAGGCCCAUCCCGUACCUCAUUUUCAACCCACUUCCCAAUCACAACCCAGAUUGGCUCAGACUCAGUCCCGUUCUGAACCUCUACCCGAGCCACACCCUGCAUCUAGGCCCCGACCACAACCUCCUAAGACCAGGACCCACUCUGAUCUCACCAAGGUCACUCCAAGGCAGGGAGUCCCUACGGCUCCUAGUCCACCAGAAGAGGGCAAGCCUCUACCAAGACCUGCCCUGGCUACAGAGAAGGCUGGUAGUUACAAUCAUGGUACUGGCGUCACCAGAUCCUCCAUUGCUGAAGUCCCUCGUUUUCCCAUUAGCUCAUCAGCUCCUCCAGCAGGAAGAAACACAACGCAGUCUCGCACCAGAGUUCCUCCUCAUUCCACUCGUAAUGGUGUCAGACCAUACUCUCAACCCAAGAUAUUCCCCAGCACACCUGGGGCCGAUGGGGCGCAUCAUAGGGGCAAUGCUCUUCCUAAACCUGUGGUGUGGCCCAAAGACAAAACUGUUCUGCGUCCCUCUAUUCCUGUCAACAAGAGAACCAACCUGGUGGGAAAACCUAGUGACCAUGAUAAACCCAUGGACCUGAAACAAGGAGACAAGGAGUCCAUCUUGAAGCCAUUCCCACUGGUCACAGCCAAACCUAAACAAGAGCGCAGACAGCAGACAACCUCCUCUGCCCCAGCCAUAAACAGCAGCCGUUUUGACCUAAAUGACAACUCCUCCAUAUUCAGGCCCUUGCCUGCAUCAGAUUUAGACAUCAUGGGCAGGAAGCGCUUUGUGGCUCCUCAUGUGAUCUAUAAGACAGAUAAAAAGCCAGAUGAGCCGUGCUCUAUCACCUCCUCCCUCGCUUAUUUCCCUGAUGAGGAGGAGGGCAGUGAUCAGAAUGUGACUGGUCCUCCCCGCGUACCGCCCUCCAAUCUCACUGUGGUUACUGUGGAAGGUUGCCCAUCUUUUGUCAUUCUUGACUGGCAGAAGACCGACAAUGAAACCAGAGAGUAUGAGGUUAUAUCCACCACUAAAGGACCUCAUGGAGAGGAGGUGUCCAUACUGACGACAAACCAGACACACACAGCAGUAGAGAAUCUCAAACCAGAGAGCAGUUAUGAAUUCAAAGUAACACCGAAGAAUGAGCUGGGAAGUGGACCCUCCAGUGAGCCUGUGUCUUUCAGCACAGAAUCAGCGGAUCCUCGAGUGAGCGAACAUGUUUCAGGAAAAGAUGCCAUCUGGACUCAGUUCCCAUUUAAAACCGAUGCCUACUCUGAAUGCAACGGGAAGCAGUAUGUCAAGAGAACUUGGUACCGAAAGUUUGUGGGUAUCCAGCUCUGCAACUCUCUGAGAUACAAGAUCUACCUGAGUGACUCUCUCAAUGGGAAGUUCUACAACAUUGGAGAUCAGGCAGGGCAUGGUGAGGACCACUGUCAGUUUGUGGACUCUUUCCUGGAUGGACGGACUGGCACCCAGAUGUUAGCUGACCAGCUACCAGGCAGACAAGGCUUCUACAGAGCAAUGAGACAGGAACCUGUUAAUUUCGGAGAGAUUGGAGGGAAGUCGCACGUUACUUACGUAGGUUGGUAUGAGUGCGGCACGCCCAUACCUGGGAAGUGGUAAGCCCUCCACAGGGCUGUCCAGGAAGGGUGACUUCCUUGGUGGUGAGGAAGAAGAGGAGUACCAAAGACGCCUGACUUGGCCCAAGGGGGAGUGGGCCUCUCUUUCAUGUUACCAUGGACACUGUAGAUGGGUCUCUCUGUUUGAACUCCCAGGUAUGAACCUGUACAGGACUAAUAGGUGUCACACAACUCUAUGGGGUGUAACAUUUGUCUUAAUUUCUCUAUUUAUCAAACAUGUCACAAUGGAUGAAAGAAUGCAGGAGUUUGAGUGAACCAAAACGUUGAAUAUACAGUAAUAACAGAGAAAAUGUUGGGAAGCUGGCUCCCAAAAUGUAAUAACUUGUAUGAUAUUAUUUAUCAAGGGAUUGUUAUUGAAUAUCUUGUGUGUGCUCGGGCUUUUAGAAGAGAAAGUAAAAGUACUUCCCAAUACUUGCAUGGCUAUGAACACACACAUAGAUUGUUCAUUUGUAUACAGAAAUGAAGUACCAAUCAUAUAUUGAUUGUACAUUUGGAUGUUGUAAAAUACAAGAACACAAGUACACACAGACAUGCAGAAUUUACCUUCUACUGGCCCUAUGAGAUUAUUAGCAGUUACAGUUUGCACAGUAUUAAACUUUUGUUCAUAUAUGUAUAUGGUGUGAAAUACAGUAUGUGUACCAGGGAUCACAGAUGAUAGUUUUCAAGUUUGAAUAUCAUGUCAUGGAUGUAACAGCUUCAGCCAAAUUGUUGAUCUAUUGUGAAAAAGCCAAAACUUGAGCCCAGAGGUUCUAUGGGAUAACUUGGAAACAGAAGACUUGUAUUUUUUAAUGCCCAUGCAAUCUUUUCUGGUAUUUUAUAAAAGAAUAAAAUAUAUAUUAAAAACAAUAAACUGCGCUUCAUUGUGAAAUGAUAAUUUAUGUGUUUCUGUUCAAACAUGCAAAAUGUACAUAAAACUUUAGAGAAACAAAGUUUUUUCCACAUCUGUUAUAUGACUGCGGUUGUUUUUGAUGUACCAUGUAGACGAUGUUCAGCAAUAAAUCUUGUUUUUAUAUUUACCGAUA